CACGCAGGGUUCGGGCGGUUAGAUCGGACCAUCAACCCCUCAAUCACCACCCGUCUCCUAAAAACCACAUCCCCACCGAGCAGCAAACACCAGCUCCUGGAACCGCAGAACACCUUCCCAUUGCCAAGAUGGCGGCGUCAACUUCUGCCCCGGCAGCGCCUCAACAAUCAUCAACCCUAACAACAAUCUCCUCCCUGCGAAACACACUCUGCAACGAAGCCACCCCACUGACCGACCGUUUCCGCGCGCUGUUCUCGCUGAAGCACCUGGCGCGGACGAAUCCCGCGGCGAGCACCGAAGCGCGGGCCGCCAUCGACGCCAUCGCGGCGGGGUUCGCCUCGCCCUCGGCGCUGCUCAAGCACGAGUUGGCCUACUGCCUGGGGCAGACGGGCAACGAGUACGCGCUGGCCCCGCUGACGGCCGUGCUCGAGGAUGUGCGCGAGGACGCCAUGUGCCGGCACGAGGCGGCCGAGGCGCUCGGCGCGCUGGGCAAGACGCAGAGCCUCGAUGUGCUGCGCCGCUUCCGGGACCGCCCCGGCGAAGAGGUCGUCGUCACCGAGACAUGCGAGAUCGCGAUUGACCGAAUUGAGUGGGAGAAUGGGGAGGGGAGGAAGGUUGAGAAGUUGAGGGAGAGUAAUUUCAACUCGGUCGAUCCGGCACCGCCUAUGCCUCAGGACAAGGAGGAGCAGAAUGUGGAAGAGCUGGGCAGAACCCUGAUGGAUACGACACUCCCGCUUUUCCGGAGAUACCGCGCCAUGUUCGCCCUCCGCGACCUGGCUUCGCCUCCGGACCUUCCUACUGCUGUCCCCGCCGUUCACGCCCUUGCCAAGGGAUUCACCGACUCCUCUGCCCUUUUCCGCCAUGAGAUUGCGUUCGUCUUCGGCCAGCUGGCGCACCCAGCGUCUAUCCCUGCCCUCACUGCCGCUCUCAGCAAUCCUGACGAGGCCAGCAUGGUCCGGCACGAGGCUGCUGAAGCUCUGGGAAGUCUCGGGGGUGAGCAGGGUGUAGAGGAUACGCUGAAAAGGUUCCUCAAUGACAAGGAGGCCGUCGUUCGGGAGAGCGUGAUCGUGGCACUUGAUAUGGCUGAGUAUGAGAAGAGCAAUGAGACCGAGUAUGCGUUGAUUCCGGAGGUUACUGGCACGGCUUGAGUUGGUCCGUCAUUGUCGGCGUUUGGGUUUUGGGUGGUAUUAGACUUCUGUGAAUUCUUGGGCCCUGACCAGGGUAAUAUGCUGGAUCGCUCGAUUCGUCCUGCUGAUCUGGCUCGAGAUCCUAGUUGUUCAUGGUCCACCUGUGAAGCCAAUAUUAGUAGGAAGCCAAGCAGCAUUUUCCAAGCCUCGCACCUUUCACCGCAAUCGCAGUUGUAUAUGAUGGUUGAACCUUCGUCGGCACUGCGUUGUUGAACCUCGG